AUGCCGGAGAGGCCGAUACGUGGUUAAAUUGGCUCAUGGAGAUUUUACUAAUCAGAAAAGCGUGAAACAGUUUUGCAGACAUUAUUGAUCGUGUCGUUAAUUCUAAACUAUCUACAGCCAUUUUAUGUGCAUAUGUAAAGGAGAACGUCACGUGGUCAGAGAACAGCAUGGCGAAUUCAGCCAUGCACAGAACAUCAGUCACUUGACCAUAAUUUCGCUGUCCAAUCCGCCAUUUUGUGAAAUAUGGAAAAAUUGUCGAAAAAAAAAAUCUAGUUGCGUGCCUGCACAGUGUGACGUAGUGAAAACAGCAGGGAAUAUGAAGAUUCAUCAAUGUCUUGAAACAAUUGAACUUGGAACACAAAUGCGAACAAACUUGCUGGCAGCAGGUGAAGUUGUUGUUAGUGAAGUUGUGCUGAGUGGCUCGCGCAGGCUCCGUGAUGACAUAAGACACGAGUGCGUGCAAUUGUCUUCCGGACUAAUCUGGCCAUCGUUCUGCACAGUGUGUGUGUCUGGCGGAAUGAAGAGGCUACGCAUCGAAUACGAACACACUGGGAUGGCCAUAAGGGCAGAGGGCCAUACAGAACGAGCCAAAGGACGUGACCGGGGCUCAGUUGUUGUCGGGAAUCGUCUCUAUGUGGAUCUUGUUUUAUUUUCUUCUAUAUUUACCAGUUUACGCUGACAUUUUCAAGUUUGUUUAGAGGCCACCGUCUUUUCAGUCAAUAUUGUCUCGAGAUGAACUCGCUGGGCCAUCUCGAGUGAAGAGAAGUGAUUCUCGUCAGCUUAAAAACAAAGUGCGUCUAGUGCGAAUUUUUUAAUGAACCGCUUUCCUUAUUGACGUUUUAUGCGAAUUCUACGAGACUAUAGACACGAGAAGUGAAAUCCAGCUUCGAUUUUGACAAAGUGUCGUAGCCAAUUACACACGCCCAAGGCCUUCGAUUUGUCCAGCAACGCACAACACUCAUGUUUUGUGGGUGUAGAGUAGCGACGUUUGCGGCUUGGAACUGACGGACGAAUCCGAUGCCAAGAAAGUGAGCAACAUCGUCCAAAAGAUUCCAUCAAACGGGAAAAGGAAAGGAUAUAAUAAAGAGAAUGAAAGUGGAAUGCUAGCUGUUUCUCCAUCUGGUAGAAGGAAGAAACAGGAAUCGAUCCAGUCGUCCGUGAACCUUAUUCAAUUCAGCCACAGUUGGAUAACAAGUCUGGAAACACGAGAAACGAGUCCCAAGAAGGCGAUUUGGGGAAGACGGACGAUCUGGCGAAUAAAAGGAGAACAAGGCGGAUGAUGUUCACGACGUUGAUGGGACGAGGAUCAUCAUCAACAAACCCGGCACGUCUCACUGCUAGAACCACUCUCCUCGUUGCUGCACGUUUGGCUAUUUGGUUGCUCGAUACGCAGCAGUAGACAGGCGGUGGAAGAAGAAGAAAAGAAAACCAAUACUAUAAAAGGCUUUGUGUCAAACGGCGUAACGCUCAUCUUUUCGUCCUAUCAUCCGGCGCACUCUCUGCGUCCCUUUCUUCAUCUUCUUCUCCUACUUCGACUUCUUCCUCGGCUGUGCACUAAGGGAUCGAGUGAAUCAGGAGCUUGACCAAGUGGAAUGCUGUCGCCGUUUCUUCAUCUCACGAAAGGAGGCAUCAGCAGCAGCAGAGGAGCCAUCAUCAUCGUCAGCAGCCAGGACCAGUCUGCCAAACUAAUUCGAUCCAAUCAACCAACCGUCUCCUACCAAUAGGAGCGGUCGGGAUGGCCAUGGACGUUAAUACGGAAUUGUCAGCGUUGAUAGACAACGGCUCGUCGCUGUUCGACGCCACUAGUUAUUCGAUAAUGGACGCUGAGCUGGGCGGAGGUCUCGACGAUGGCGACGACGCCGACGCUGCCGUCGAUUGGUUCUUGACACUGACUCUGGUCGUCAAGACUUUCCUGAUGGGACUCAUCAUUGCCGCCUCCAUUUUCGGCAACCUGCUCGUCAUCAUUAGCGUAGCGCGCUUCCGCAAAUUGCGCAUCAUCACCAAUUACUUUGUCGUGUCGCUGGCCAUGGCCGACAUCCUGGUUGCACUCGUCGCCAUGGGGUUUAACGCCAGCGUCAUCAUCUUCGGCCAGUGGAUCUUUGGCUACGCCAUGUGUGAUAUCUGGAACAGUUUCGACGUCUACUGCUGUACCGUCUCCAUUCUGCACCUGUGCUGCAUCAGCGUCGACCGUUACUACGCCAUCUCACAGCCGCUCAUGUACCCGAUGAAGAUCACCCGCAAGAAAGUGGCCGUCAUGCUGGCCAACAUCUGGACUUGGCCGGCACUCAUUUCCUACCUGCCCAUAUUCCUCGGAUGGUAUACGACAGAAGAACAUCAACUUUACCGUGUGCAGAAUCCCAACACUUGUCGAUUCGUCGUCAACAAAGUUUACGCCCUCAUCUCCUCGAGCAUCUCCUUCUGGAUUCCUUGCGCCAUUAUGCUUUACACGUAUUACCGCAUCUACGAAAUGGCCUCUAGACAGGAGAAGAUGCUGCUCAAGAACGCCGACGCCGCCCUGUUGUUUCGCCAGCAAAACCAGCGUCGCAGUGCCGAGAUGGAGCAGCACCAAAUCCACCACAUGCAACAGCAGCAGAUGAAUCAGGAUCCCGUCUCGACGGCGGCCACUGCAGUCGUAAACUCGGCUGUUAACGGACCCAACAGUACGGUGAUUGUUUUGCCGGCUAUCCAGGUGACCAAACCGGAUGUCUUGCUGGAAACUAACGGCAAAUCGCCGCAACAAAACGGCAGUGCACAAAUUUCCACUACGAUUUCUUCUUCGCCGCCGCCACCCCAGCCGGAAAACAAGAGGAUCAGCGCGGGGGAUCGGAGCGCUUUGCUGGAAGGAUCGUCGGACACAUGUCGGUACCAGUGUCGAGACGACACGUGCAGCAACACACCGACCAUCAGCAAAGACAGCAAACACCUGCAGAAAAUCAGACGUGAGCACAAGGCGGCCCGGACGCUGGGCAUCAUUAUGGGAGCUUUCGUGCUGUGCUGGUUGCCGUUCUUCAGCUGGUAUAUGUCCGUCACCCUCUGUGGUGACCUCUGCUACUGUCCCGACAUCGUCGUUGAAGUCCUUUUCUGGAUCGGCUAUUUCAAUUCGACCCUCAAUCCGCUUAUCUACGCCUACUUCAAUAAGGAUUUCCGGGAAGCCUUCCGCAACACGCUGGUUUGUGUGUUUUGCACGCGCUGUCAAGACCCCCGGGAGCAGCAGCGUGACCAGCAGGCGGCCCUCGGCUUUCACCACCAACAGCAGCACGGCAAAAACAACAUGGGGCGACUCAGUGUGGCUUCUGCCGAGAAUCAGACGAGCAGGACGAUCAGGCAUUCCAGCGGCGACACCAUCGCCGGCAUUGAGCGGAUCGAGCACAAGCGACUGACCGGCGUUGCUGUCGAGAACCUUUAGAAAAUAUUUCGGGAUUAGAUGACUUAUACAAAUCAAACGGACAACAUCACCAAACAGAAGAAAAACAAAACGUAAAGAGCUUAUAAUUUAUUUCAUGUCGAAAAAUCUAUUUGUUCGAUAGUGUGUGUAAAGACUUCCGCCUGCGCUUCUCUCGUCGUGUAAAAUUUGCUAAAAGAAAAAAAAAAAACAUAAUUUAAUAAGGCUUUCGGAGACAUUUUGUGUUCGACAUCCGUUCAUUCGUUACGUCACGGUUUCUUUUAUUGAUUUUACGUUGUUGAUCCGACACCAUUCCCAUUUAUUUGUGUCUUCGACUUUGACCCUCGGCAAUUGUUGGUACUAAAUUACAGGGACCCCAAAAAACUUUUGUAAAUAUUAGAUAACAAAGGAGAGGAAGAGAAAGAUUUUCCCAGUGAUGUGUCGAUCCGGGUUCGCGUCACGCAAAAAAAAAAAGCUUAAUUUGUACGAUAUAUUUUUUCAAUGUUUUUAAACAAGGUUAACACAUCACACGUUUUAUACACGCCCCAAAGACGAUGGUUCACGUUUUUGAUUUACUUAAAACAGAAAAAAAGACAAAAAAAGUUUACUAGUUACCUAAUCAAAUUUUAAAAGUUGGGGAAAGAAACGCGCUUAUAUUUAUCGACAUAUAUGACGAUAUAUUUUCGAAUCAAAGGGGUAUUAUAAAAACACACCGAUAUUAUUAUUACUGUGCAGCGUAACGUUGGUGUGUGAAGUGAGCUGUUUGUUGAUCGUUAACUGAAACAAAUGUUACCCAAAAAGCAAAUGUGGCAAUUCAAGUGUGCGGAAUAAGAGGAAGAAUAACGAGUUUUAAUAGUCAAUUCAAGGUUCUUUCCCAAACGCAUUCGACUAUUAAAGACACAAAUGACGAUUAAUCUCUCUUUUCCACCUGUUUCUCCGCCUUUUUCUUAGUUUUUACUGUAUAUUUCCCUCCUAAACCGAUUGAAUUGAAACAAGAAACUUAGCCCACCCGAGAAAACAGAAAUUCGUCUGAAUGAAAACUGGGCCACUUGUAAUACAUUAUUGUGUCUGUGUGUGUAUUUAACGCACAAAUCCCUCCCACACCAUUCUAGUCCAUUGUUUCCCUUUUAUUAGUACACCCUGCGAAACUAACAUCUGACGAAACAUCACGCUCUAAAUUGGCGCUAUUGUUCCCACGGAUUCAAUUGUUCGAAUUAAUAUUAAUACCGUGUUAUUCGAUCCUCGUCUAUCUCAAAACAAAAAUAUACCACACCCAACAACAAACAAAAAACUUCAAAUGAAAAAAAGUGAAUAAAAUAAUAAUUUUUUCGAUGGUUAUUUAUAAUGCGUAACACCUCUCCCCUCUUGGUAUCUAAUGUUGUGAUUUCGUUUUUCAUCAUCGAUGCUGACAUGAUUUAUCUCUUGUUUUCAAUUUGUGUUUUCUACCCCAUACCCCCAGAUAUGCCCCGGUCCUCCUCUCACGUGAUGAAAAAUGAUAUGACCCGCGGUCUCGCUGCCGAUACCAAAAAAAAAAUGAAAUGGAACUGGGCGAGUCUCUAGCCCGCAUACAUUUACAUAGCGAUAUUAUAUUAUAUGAUACACCUCUGUACAUGAUUCCGUGUCUUCUAUUUCUAUAUAUGAAUAUGAUGUAUGUGUAAAUAUUACAAGUAACGUCUAUACUAUGACAUGGACUAAAAUUAAUCAAAUAAAAACCAAAAUAAAAAUUCAAAAAAUAA